AUGGCUCCUCCUAAUCUUGGCAACCUUUCACAAUUGCAAUAUCUUGAUCCUGGUUCUUUUGUAAAUCUUAAUCUUGGUUCUCCUGCAGAUAGUCUUUGGGUAUCAGACUUAUAUUGGCUUCUUAAGCUUUUUUCUUUGCAAUAUCUAAAUUUAGGAUUCGUCAACUUAAGCAAAGCAACAACUCAUUGGCUGCAAACUGUGAAUAUGCUUCCCUCACUGUUAGAGUUGGACUUAAGCUCAUGUGAACUCCAUAGCUUUCCUCACUCUUCUCCAUCUGCAAAUUUUACUUCACUCUUAGUUCUUGAUCUCGGAAAUAAUCAGUUCAACUCUUCUUUAAUUCUUUCAUGGUGGUUUAAUAUCACGACUCUUACAGAACUUCACUUUUCGAGAUCUGGUCUUAGAGGCCCCAUUCUUGAGAUUCAAAGGGGGUCUCUUUGCAAUUUGCAUACUUUGGAUCUAGAAAUCUAUUUCAGUCUUAAUGGGGAUAUAAAAAGAGUUGUGGAUGCUAUAUCAAGAUGUGAUACACUUGAUGUUGAAUAUAACAAAUUUUUCGGAACCAUACCAACAUGGAUUGGCCAAAGGUUUCCUUUAAUACGGCAAUUACGCCUUCGACAUAACUAUCUUACUGGAAAUAUUCCUCAACAAUUGUGUCAGCUCAUUCAUGUCCAUCUCUUGGACCUUGCAGAAAAUAUCUUAUCUGGACCAAUCCCAACAUGUUUGGAUAGGAUGAUUGCCUUCAAAGUUCUAGUCUACUACGCCAAAAAGUCACUAGCAAUACCAUUACUGGGACACCAACUUUACUAUCCUGGUUCACCGUUACCAACCAAGUGCAGCUUAAACUUAGUGCAUAAGGAUGGCGAAACAACAGAGGAUGAUGAAGAUGGGUCUCUGUCUAACAACUUCUGGUUCUAUGUAAGCAUGGGGUUGGGACAUCUUUGGGUUUUAGGCAAUCUGUGGCAGUUUAGCGAUAAAAAGGUUUUGGAGAGGUUCAUAUCUUCGAUUCCUGGACAAGACAAAGGAUAG